AUGGCCAGGAGACGAACAGCCCUCCGAGCCAUCGCUCUCGCCAUGAUCUUGGCGACCGCGUCCGCGAUCCCGACGACAUACGAGAUAUUCGCCAGGCAAGAAGACGCAUGCGGCGCACCAAACUUUUCAGGAUGCGGCAACGCCAACGUCCCCAGCUCUUUCUGCUGCCCAGCAGGCGACAGGUGCCUCGUCCUCGCCGGCAACACCACGGUCGUUUGCUGUCCGAACGGUUCAACAUGUCAAAAGCUCCGGCCCAUCGACUGCAACAUUGAGCUUCAAGACGCCGACAAGGCCCCGGACUCUGUCAUCAAGACAACCGCCCUCGGGGGCUCUCUGCCAAAAUGCGGCUCUGAUUGCUGUCCGUUUGGGUACUCGUGCGUUAAUGGCGAGUGUGUCAUGAACACCAACCAGAACGCUGCACCUUCGCAGUCGAGCACACCAUCUUCGAGACCUUCUACCACCCCCACGUCGAAACCAUCGACCACCGCGAGUCCGUCAGAGACGCUGACCGCGACGGCAGUCCCGCAGUCUGCCGGCCCUCCUAUCGCCGGAAUCGCGGGCGGUGCCGCAGCGGGAGCAGUGGUAUUAAUCAUCGCCGGCGUCCUCGCCUUCAUCUUCAUCCGCAAGAGAAAGGCUGGCCAGACGGCUUCGUCGUCAAGCUCACCCCUCAAACUCUCGCGGUCGACCUCCUCCUUUGGCAACAUCAUCUCCGCCCCUAUCCUCCACGACGAUAAACCGGCGUUGAGAACAGAUUUCGGAGCCAGGCUGCCCACCCCGCAAAUGCUCAACAACAACGCGAUGGACAUGCGAAACUCGGUUCUCUCCUACGACAACAACCAGAUUGUUGCUUCACCUCCAAACCAGAAUAGGAGGAUGAGCAGUGUUGCUUAUGGGGGGUUGAUUGCGGAUUAUUCACCCCAGCAACCGGGCGGGCAGAGGAAGUAUGUGGAUAUGCCGGAUAUGCCGGUUAGUGAUGAUGGGAAUCCGGGGUACCAGGGGGGACUGGCGCCGAGGACGCCGGAGCAGCAAGGGAGGGAGGUGAGUGGUGUUAGUAUCAAUAUUUUUGCGGAUCCGAGGAAUAUCACGCCGGAUCGGACGCCGCAACAGGGGGAUGAUGGGAGGAGGUAUACGGAUAUGACUACUUUUACGGAGAUGUUGGACCGGGCGGAUUUGGGGGGGGUUGCGAGGGGGGAUGGGUAUGUUAGUGGGGGGGGUGGGGAGCAGUAUGGAGGGAGGGAGGGGGAUAGGUAUCAAUAUGGGGGUAAUGGGGGAGGAUAUGGGGGGUUAGGGAGGUAG